AUGGCACGAUUACUCGCUUUAACUUCAUUCGUAGCAGCAGCUGCUGCAACCAAUCACGCUGGAGAAUCACCAGGUCUUCCGUUUGUUCUGGGGUACGGAAGCCACAAGGGUGUGGGUGCCGAUAUUAAUAUCGGCCACGGAGGCAAAGAUAAAGGCUUCGGAGGCCAUAAUGACGGUUUUCUCAACGGUGGCCAGCAUGGAAAUAUCAUUGGUGGUGAAGGAAAGGGCGAGUAUAAAAUUGGUGGUAAUGGGCACAAAGGCCAAUCCGUCAAUGUGAUUAUCAUCACAACCAAUGUUGGAGGGGGCGCAAAGCAAGAUGUUUGGAACGAGGCUCCAAUGCAAAGAGGAAAAGAGCAUUUUAUUACGGUUGGCGGCGAAGCUGGUCUUAUAUUCGAGCCAGAUACCAUAAACGCUGCCGUCGGGGACAUGGUCAUCUUUAAUUUCAUGUCUCAAAACCACACUGUAACGCAGUCCACCUUCGCCGAGCCAUGUUCCAGAAUGGCUGCUGGUAUCGACUCGGGAUUCAUGCCAAAUCCCAAUAAUUCCGUGAACCCUGCACCAACUAUGGAAUUCCAGGUUACGACGCAAGAGCCGGUGUGGAUGUUUUGUUCCCAAGGAAAGCACUGCGAGCAAGGGAUGGUAUUUAGCAUCAACCCUACAGCUGAAAAGUCGCAUGCCCAGUUCAAAGAACUCGCCAUGGCCGGCGAAGGUGGCGGCGUCAGCGUCAGUGCUGGUGUUGGUGCUAGUGCUGUCCCUCCUUCCCUCCCCGCGGAAACUGGCAUCGCCUCUUCACCCAUUGUUUCUAUCUCUGAAUCCAUAUCUGCUUCUAUCCCACUGGCUACACUCGCCACUGGAAAUGGGCAGAUGGGAUCUGGAGAUGCUUGCUCUUGCUCAUGUCUUUGUGGCAUGGCAUCGUGGCCUGAGGGAGUCGGCCUUGAAGCCCAGGGAGGUAUACCUGGUACUAUCCCUGUGGAACGUACUGCGGCCAAGCGGUCUCCUAGAGCCCCCUAUUACUAG